CUGCAUUUGGACCACCCCAGAGUCGAGCGCCCUUGGCCCCAUCCAGGACACCCGCAAGGGAACCGUCAACUCGGUAUACCAGGCAUCAGAUUCGCCUGUCGGAUCCACCUCCACUAUGUCCAGCCCCCAACAAUGGCUCCCGUCAACGGCCUCAUCCUGCUAGGCGGCUCUGAAAAGAAGGUUUUGCUUCACAGUGGCGGGGAAGAGCGUGAGACUGCCAGAUGUCUUCCACUGUUCCCUUUGUCAUCCGUUCUGAUUCCUUCAGGAUGGUCACCCCGUCGGUGCGGAUGGUUGACAUUCGUGUUUUGGCUGUGCUGGUAUCUCGACUUGCGAAAUGGCUGUCAGUGCGGUCGCCCUAGGAGUCGAGUUACAUCGUCCGGGAUGGCGGAGCCAGCGACAAGAGUGUCACCAUGGACAGUCCCCCUUCAGGAGUUGACUAUGCUCGAGAUUUGAGAGACACCAGGAUGGCAUUGCUAGGUAGCAGUUUAGGGGCUGUCUUUGCUCGGUUGACUUGGGAUAUAAGAUGCGCUUGGGAUCUGGUCAUGGUGAAUCGCAGAUGGCCAGAUCAUCAUCGAGCAGUCCAUCAGUCUCUUACUUGUUGACCUUUGAGAUAUAAGAAUCCAUCACCUCACUCGAGAAAAGACAGAACCAGCCAAAUCACCAGUACCCCAAAGAGAAAAGACCACACCGUGCCAAGAAAGACCUCAAAAACUUGCUCCUGAACUUGAAGAGCGAAUUUGGUCACGAUGGGAAUGCACAGUAACACCUUCAGGGCGCCGAGCACCCAGACCUUCCCGGCUGUCAACGGCCUCGAAGCCAAGAACUCGGCCCAUGCUGCGCAGAGACCCUCCGUGGCAAAGUCGAUCAACAGCGACGCACUUGGAAUCCGCGUGCUCAUCGGCGGGAGGCCAGCCAUCAUCAAGUUUCCCCGUCCUCAACCGCCUCCCAGCCCGCGCCCGCGCCCUCGCCCCGGGCCCGUCCGUCCACCACCGGGAGUGCCAACCCCUCCGCCGACACCACGCAGGCCGGCUCAGGGAGCCUCGACUACUGAGAACGGGGGCAAGCUCGGCGGGGAGCCUGGUUUCGUCACAUUCCCGCGACCCCAGCCGCCCCCCAGUCCCCGGCCACGCCCUCGCCCCGGGCCCGUCCGCCCGCCUCCCGGAAAUCCCACUCCGCCUCCGACCCCACGACGAUAAAUUUGUCUGUUACAAAUUUGGUUCCGUUUUCUGAAUGACCUGGUCUGGAAGCCUCUCUCCCUUGACUGGAGCGCGGCCGUCCCGGGUUAUAUCUUGUUUUGUUUGGAAGCAGUGCAUAUUGGGAUGUAUCACUUGGUCUAGCGUUUGCCUCACUGUCUCCUUCCUUUUCCUUUUCGCAUACAUCGUUCCCGAAGGCCUUCUUUUGCUCAUGGCUAUUUUGUUUACUUUUUUCGGCAUUUGGUUUUUCAAUCUCUUCUCCUAUGUACCGGUCCCGAGGAGGUUUUGGAGAGGAUAAGGCGUCUUGUAUUUCCAAGCAAUGGAGGGAGGGAUGAGAGGCGAAUUUGCAUUAUGCUGUGUGGCAAGGUUUGCAAGAAACAUGGGUGGCUGUUUUCAAUUUCUUUCUUUUCUUUAUUUUUCCUUCACACAUCCUCCGUUUGGCUUUGAAGAACACUUUGGCUCACGCCUAGCACCCUGCAUUUCUC